AUGUGGGCCUCAGCUGAUCAAAACCAGCUGAACUACCUGUUGACGCAUCAGUCUCAGCUCCACGCUCACCUCUACAGUGGCCUCGCUGAUGCCAUUGCCAACGGCUUUGACACGAACCUCCACAAGUUGGGUCGCUUGGUCACCCUCCCGUCAUCUUACACCAAUGGGCCAUGGUACAUGCAACAGAUCUGCCAGGAUGCAUUGGCAAUCAGACGCUAUCUCAAGAAGGUCGAUCUGUUCAUCACAAUGACAGUGAAUCCUCAAUGGGAGGAGAUCACACACAAGCUCCUUCCUGGUCAAUCUCCAGCAGACCGUCCUGACUUAAUCACAUGGGUUUUCCAGUUGAAGAAGAAGGUGUUGCUGAAACGUAUAUUCCACGAUGGGAUCCUCUGCGAAACCAUUGGUCAGGUAUGGAUGAUUGAGUUUCAAAAGUGUGGAUUGCCGCAUAUGCAUCUCUUGGUCUUCCUUGCACCGCAUUCCUGGCUUUUGACUCCCGAACACGUUGAU